AUGCUCGCUCGUCUGACGUGCCCAACGCGUCGACUCGCCAUCGCAGCGACCGGCAGCUCCGUCUCUCUGCGCCGUGCUCGUCUCGCAAGCGUCGCAGCAACGCUGGGUGCCCCGUCUUUUGCUAACGCAGCACUUGUCUCGCAACGAUGGGCUAGCUCGGGUGGUAUUGGCAGCAACGCCAGCACCGGAGACUCUAGCACGGGUACCGACGCAACUGCUGAUCUGAGCGAGAAGGAGCUGAUUGAGCUCAACAAGGAGGCCGCUGAGGCCUUCGAAAAGGGCGAGUUUUCCUCGGCCAUCGAAGCAUGGGAAAAGGUGGCACAGUCGAAGCAGCACACCCCAAACAGCCCCACCCUCAUGAGCUGCCUCAACAACCUCGCUUGCGCGUACGGCGAGAUGGGUGACAGCAUACGAAAGCUGAAGCUACUGGAGAGAUCCCGCGACCUGGUUCAGGCAGUGUACGGCACCGACCACCCGCAGUAUGGCAUGGUGUUGUACAACAUGGCCUGCGCCAAGGAGGAGAUGGGUCUCUAUCCUGACAUGAAGCAGUUGCUUGAACAGUCGCUCGCGCUGCAUGAAAAACGUUUCAACCCACGGCAUGCCAAGGUCGGUCGCGUUCUGCUGUUGCUCGCCGCCGCCCACGGCCAUCUCGGCGAGCAUGAGGCCCAGCUGCGUACCGCCGAGCGUGCGUACGAGAUUGUGAAGCGUCACUGCGGCCCUGAACACGUCCAGACAACCAUUGCAAUGAUGACUCUCGGUCGAGCCUACGGUGCGGCGGGGCAGGUAGAGCGACAGCUGCAGCUCGCACAGGCGGCCUACAGCAUUCAAGAGAAGCGGCUUGGCCCAAUGAGCCCCCAGCUGGCCAUGACCCUGCUGGAGGUUGCCGACGCGCACAGGGCCAACGGCGAUUUCUACAAUCAGAAGGCGCUGCUCGAGCAGGCUGUGGAGCUGCAGCAGCGGGCCUUCGGGCAGCAGCACACCCACCUCAUAGACACAUACGUCGCACUCGGUGACGCCUGCGGGCAGCUGGAAAAUCCGAAAUUGCAAGCGCAGUACUACCUUGAGGCGCUCAAGAUUGCACGCCAGCGCUUCCAAGGAAGGCACAUUGCCAUCGGCAAGGCUGCAGUGAACGCCGCCCGCGCGUACCUCUCUCAUGGCAACAAGGCGAAGGCGCAAGCGUUGUUGGACGAGGCGCGGGCUAUUGUGGAGCGCAACGUGAGCCCAGAGCACCCUCUCUCCAAGCUGCUGGACAAGGUCGCAAAGGAGGUGGCGCGGUAG